AUCAACAAAAUCAUAACCUAAAAAUACGAAAAUCUAAAUAUCCAUUUCCAUUUCCAUUUCCAUUUUCAGUUUCAGCGAUAACAAAAAAAAAAAAAAACCAAGAAAGUAGCUAGCAGCCAUGGUGGAUUUGGAUUGGAAAGCGAAGAUGGUUUCUCCUGAUAUCCCAAACAAGUCUCCCAAGCUCUCUAACAAGCUCCACGUAUCUAUUCCGACGUCGUUUAGCCUCUCCAUGGCUUCUCCCGCUUCCGCUUCCGCUCCGGCUUGUUCCGCUUACGAUUAUUAUCUUCGCCUUCCGGAGUUGAGGAAGCUUUGGAGGGUGAAGGAAUUUCCGGAGUGGGAGAGCGAGUCGAUUGUCAAGCCGGCUUUGCAGGCUUUAGAGAUUACUUUUAGGUUCGUGUCGAUUGUGUUGUCGGAUCCGUUGCCAUAUGUCAACCGGAGAGAGUGGAAGCGGCGACUCGAGUCGCUGGCCACCAGACAGAUCGAGCUUGUCGCGGAGAUCUGUGAGAACGAUGUGGCUACCGGAAGAGGCGGUGCGGCUCCGAUUGCCGAUGUAAGCUCUUCGAGCGGGGUGUUGGAGAGGGAUGGUAGCUCGGCAGAGGUUUGGAAGCUUGGCGGUGGCGCGGAGAAGACGACGUUCGUGAACCGAACCAGCGAGGCUAGCUUGCUUCCUCGUCUUGCCACGUGGCGGAAAUCCGAGGACAUAGCACAGAAGAUCUUGUACUCCAUUGAGUGCGAGAUGAAGAGAUGUCCGUACACCCUCGGGCUAGGGGAACCGAACCUUGCCGGCAAGCCGAGCCUGGAAUACGACGCCGUUUGCCGGCCUAACGAACUACAUGCCCUGAAAAGAAAUCCUUACGACCACGUAAAGAACCACGAGAACCAAAAGCUAUACACCACACACCAGAUCCUGGAGUCGUGGAUCCAGGCGUCGAAGGAGCUACUAGAACGCAUUGUUAGGCGAAUCGAGAAGAAGGAAUUCAAAGAAGCCGCCAACGACUGCUACCUGCUGGAGAGGAUCUGGAUGCUUCUCGCCGAUAUCGAAGACCUCCACCUGUUGAUGGACCCUGAAGAUUUCCUAAAGCUGAAGAAUCAGUUACAGAUAAAGUCCCUAUCUCAAAACGAAGCGUUUUGUUUCAGAUCGGUAGGUUUGGUUGAAAUUACCAAACUGUCCAAGGAGCUGAAGCACAAGGUGCCUUUCGUCUUGGGGGUGGAGGUGGACCCCACGGGUGGGCCCAGAAUUCAGGAGGCGGCCAUGGAACUCUAUAGAGAGAAGAGGGAGCCGGAGAAGAUCCAUCUUCUUCAAGGGUUGCAAGCUAUAGAGGCGGCUUUGAAGAGGUUCUUCUUCGCAUACAAGGAGGUCUUGACGGUUGUUAUGGGGAGCUUGGAGGCCAACGCAAGCAGAAUCCUGGUGAAUUCGGAGUCGUGCGACUCACUGAGUCAGAUUUUCCUCGAGCCCACUUACUACCCUAGCCUGGACGCCGCCAAGACCUUCCUCGGUGAGUACUGGGGUCACGAACCCGGGGUGGAGAAGCGGAAUCCGAGGAAUCACCGAGUCGGUUGAUAAGCGCAUUCGAAUUAAGAUGGAGAGACAGUUUAGAUGGGGAAAAAUUAGAAAAAAAAAAGAAAACAAAAACAAAACAAAGGAAUUAUUAUUAUUGUUAUUCUUUAUUAAAGAUUUUUACUUUAAAAAAAAUUAUAAUUAUCUGUACAAUUGGAGGAAAAGAUUGAUGUAAAAUUUUUGAAAUAUAA